UUUUUCAGUUUCAAGACAAACGCGUAAAAAUCAAACUGGCUCACGUUCUUCCCAACCAACCCAGUUUGACAGCUGCUCUUCACCCCGUUUGGAGGACUGUCAGCAGCAAGAGGAUGGCAUCAGAGCUGGCAAUGAGCAACUCCGACCUGCCCACCAGUCCCCUGGCCAUGGAAUAUGUUAAUGACUUCGAUCUGAUGAAGUUUGAAGUGAAAAAGGAGCCGGUGGAGCCCGAUCGCAACAUCAGCCAGUGCAGUCGCCUUAUCGCCGGGGGAUCCUUGUCUUCCACCCCGAUGAGCACGCCUUGCAGCUCGGUGCCCCCUUCCCCAAGCUUCUCGGCGCCCAGUCCGGGCUCGGGGAGUGAGCAGAAGACACACAUUGAGGAUUUCUACUGGAUGUCCGGUUAUCAACAGCAGCUGAAUCCAGAGGCGCUGGGCUUCAGCCCCGAAGACGCGGUCGAGGCGCUGAUCAACAGCAGUCAUCAGCUCCAGUCUUUCGAUGGCUAUGCCAGGGGCCAGCAGUUUGCUGGUGCAGCCGGAGGAGGAAGCACCAUGGCCGGGGAAGAGAUGGGGUCCGCCGCGGCGGUGGUGUCGGCAGUAAUUGCUGCGGCUCCCGCUCAGAACGGAGCGCAACACCACCACCACCACCAUCACCACCACAGCAGCAGCCACCACCAGGCACCGGGCGUCCAGUCCAACGGCACUUCUGGGACAAAUCACCCACACAUGCGCUUGGAGGAGCGGUUCACAGACGAGCAGCUGGUGACCAUGUCAGUGCGGGAGCUCAACCGGCAGCUACGGGGGGUCAGCAAAGAAGAGGUGAUCAGAUUGAAACAGAAGAGGAGGACCCUAAAGAACAGAGGCUACGCUCAGUCCUGCCGGUUCAAGCGAGUUCAGCAGCGGCACGUCCUGGAGGGAGAGAAGACACAACUCCUGCAGCAGGUCGAGCACCUAAAGCAAGAGAUCUCCAGGCUGGUCCGGGAGAGGGACGCGUACAAAGAAAAGUAUGAGAAGCUCAUCAGCAACGGCUUCAGAGAAAAUGGAUCCAGCAGUGACAACAACCCUUCAUCUCCGGAGUUUUUCAUGUCAUCAAGAAAAUUUCUCCAUCUGUGAUUUCAAGCACCAUCCCUCCGUGCCCUUGAGGAUUCUUGAGAUAACCUAAUGACUGAGCAGUGAUGACAUCAAAGCGACUGACCAAUUGCACCGAGACACCUACAAAGCACAACAUUCAAAAUUAUUUCCCGAAGAACAACAAACAAGGCCCGCUGGAAUUCUUCAAAAUCUCUACAGCGAUUCUUGAAAAGCCUCUUACUAUUCCUGUUUCCUUUCCCAAUAUUUUACCUCCAGCUUUUUUCUACAAAACCACAAAAAUAAAAAAGAAAUAAAAUAAAAUAAAACAAAAAUAAAAAUCACAGAGACUCAUAAUCAGGAGAUGGUUGAUUCUCUUCGAUGGGAAGAUCACUGAUGCAUGCUUCUGUAAAUAGAUCACAAUAAAACCCUAUUCUUAUUCCUAAUAUAGGAAACGUACCGAGUUGCUCUCACCAAAUUCAUAAACCUUCAUUACUGUGAAUAGAAUACCCAUGGUUCAAUAUUUUCCAUAUAAAAUCAGUAUUCUUACCUAUUCAGAGCCCAUGUAGCUAUCAUUUCAGAUAUUGCUUCUCUAGUCUUUGAAGUUAAUUUAAUUGUAAAAACUGUACUUACAAUUGUUCUUAUUCUCAGCCUAGUCUUCCUCUCCAGUAUCCACACUAGUACGUGUAAAUAGAGACAAAUGAAGACAACCGCAUGGAUCAGACUUUAGUGUAUAUUUACCACGCUCUUAGAUCACAAAUCUCAGUAUGUGGAUAUUUCAGACAACAUUUUUGAAAGUUUAAAAUAGCUGAAGAUAUUUUCUGAUGGCCAGUGAUUUAGUCUCAGAUACCUGGAUACUGUCUGAAUAGAUCAAAUUUAUCCGGCCACAUUACAAUGAUUAUACAACAGAAACUCCUUUGCUAUCAUCAGUGAAUUCCAUUGGGAAACAGGCAAAUUGAACAGAAGAAGCAGGCAAUUUGCCAAAGCCAUGAUUCUAACAUAGUUUUAAACCUAAGUAUUAGGUUUAAUAUUUGAUGUACUUUUUUUUUCUUUUUCUUUUUUUUUAUAUAUAAUUUACAGAUUUCUCCCAUUGUCUUCUUAUUUAUUAUUUUCUACUACAACAACUGCCCUGCCCUCUCAUGCCCACUUCGUAACUGUUGUAGCAAAGCUGCUGUUAGCCUGAGAGGGACACGUUUUUUUCUUUGCAUGGUUUGAAACUGUGCUCCAGUCCUGAGCCUACACAGGGGCAAAAGAAGACCUCAGUAACUGCAAUGUAGAAAUGAGGAUUCUGGCCUCUGCCUUCAGUGGACUAUGAAGCUAACCAAAAGGACUGACUGACAUCGUACCAAGCCAAUGAAGAGAUGACCUCAAGGAUUAGGCCCUCACUGGUGAAGACAGAAAUCCUUUUGCAUGGACAACAGGGAUAAUUUCUAGCUUGUUGAAGACCUCAUCUCCACCGUUGUGCAUCCUCUACCUCUCAGUGUUCUGCUGUGCAUCAAGAAAUCCAUGUCUUCACACUGACCCCCCUCUACUACCCCACGUUUCUGCUGCAUGUCCCUCUAGAGCCUCACGAGGAGAGUUCAGCAUUAAAUGCUUUGGAUGGAUCUAUAUGGCAAUGGGAGAAACCAAACCAAUGCCCAACAAGUACACACAUAUGACGCAUGCAUAGAGAUGCUCAAUCAUACACAAUGCCUCUCGAAUAUGUUGCUGUAUAUAUGUACACUAUGUCAAGUAUGUAUAGUCUCAGAUGCUGUACUUUGCAUGUUGAUUUGUAGAUGGAAUGUGACCUUUAUUCAAACAAGAGGAUGAGCAGGUAGUGAGUGGGUUGACUCUCUAAACCAAUGCAAGCCCUUUGACAGCUUUACAUCUCCAUAUUUGAUGGCAGGAGAUUUACAGUAAGGUGACAGAAACAGUUUGAUGUCUACUGUGACAUGUUGUCUUCCAGCAAACAGCAGUUCUGAUAAGGUUUAAACUCUCUGAAGGAACACAUACUGUCCCUGCUGAUGUCACACAGAAUCUGGCCACAGCGAAUGUGGGUAGAAGAAGAGAAGGAAAACUGGGGCGCUCCAAUUAAGUGGCUGCGCACAAAGUGGCAUAGGGCAUCCUGCCAGCAACUGUCUAUUCAUCCAGUGUCAAAGGGAUUUGCACGUCUCAAUGAGUGUAUGCACUGACAGAGAAGUCCAAGAGCAAAGCAGAGGAGGGGAAGGAAAGGAAACAAGGCUGGGCUGAAAGGAGUUUUUUUUUUUCUUUUUUUGUGUAAUUUCACAGCUUCUGAUCAAAAUUUAAGGUUGUACUAAGCUGAUGUUGACAUACCUUACUGGUCGGUCCACUUAUUUGUCAAUUUUUAAAAAUUUUUCAAUAACCCCUUGACCCCAUCUAUUACUAUCAUACAGCUCUCUGGGCUGUCAUGACCUAAUGUCCUGUCUAAGGUUAACUUUGUGUUAAUGAGUAUGGCCCUCUGCUCCACCAGAUGUUCACCCUUGUGGCCAAAUACCCAAUACCCUCUAUGCUUCUGUAAUGCCUGCCCACUACAUCUGUACUCUUUCUGGAUGCAGCUGCAGAAAUUUCUCAACCAUCAAAAAUGCAGUUGAAGUAGGAAACGACAUCAACUCUGCAAAACAGGUGCUUUCUUUUGGAGUAAAAUUAAUAAAAGACAUAAAUCAAAAUGCUGCACCAUAAAAAUAGAAUUUUAGCAGAAUACAUGUGGUUGCCUAAUUUGUGUGUCUUACACAAAGUAGGUCUUACAAUUUAUGUGAGCAAAUCUUCUUAAAUCAAAUAUUGUCAGAGCACACCAAAGCUAUUUACAGUCAACAUGUAAACUGACUUGAAAUUUGGACUUCUGACUUAGUGGUGAUUAGUUAAGGAAGAUUUAAAACACAGAAAAGGAUGAAGAUGUCAUUCAAAUAUGAGACUGUGUGUGGUCUGAGUGUCAAGGCUUUCCACUUUGUUAGAAGUGAAACAAAGAUGAAGCCGUAUGUGACAGGUAGAUGUGCUUUCCAUGUUUUUGAUUGCAGUGUUUAAACACCACCCAGCAAUAAAACUGGACAGGACCAGAACAAUAUAGACAGCUAUACACCUGAACACACAAAACGUGUGUAAAUGCCUACAAGCACAGAAGCCCAUCCUUGAUCUUUUUGUGACAGACGCACACACACGCGCACAGCAAGCUAAUCUAAACAGCAAGGCUGUAUGUAAACAGAUCGUCGACAUAAUGGGAUUGUUCAGUGUGCAAACAAUAAGCUGUUAGUGUAAUCACAGGUCAAAGAUAUAUUACCCAGAGGGCCACGCUGUAUGUAUAUUAACAUGAUGGAUACGCUGGAGAGGAGGGGGCAGGGAUAUCAGGGAUAUAGAGCUCUACUGAUUCGGAUUUACCCCCUACUGGGUCUUGCCCGCUGCCUUUCUCUCCUCUGGCUCCUUCAUAUGGGCCCCACUUAAUCAGUCUUCUUCUCAUCUUGCUCCUCCCCCCAUUCACCCACCUCUUUCUUAUACACCAAAUUCUUCUAUUUCUUCACAACGCUCCCUCUUAAAUACUUCAGUCAUGUCUUUAACACAGUAUCUUCAUUUACUUAUUUCCUCUCCCUGUCGCCCCUGGGCAGAUUAUGAUCAGCUUCGGUAAAGUGGUCAGUCCAUCUCUGUGGUCAGUGGGGUAUCAGGAUAAAGUAGCUCCACAAUCUUAUUUUUGGAUUAGGCCAAGAGAGGUCUGGCUUAUACUGGACUACUGAGGUGCUUCACCCGUGUCUAAUAAAAACAGUGAAAGAGCAAGGCUAGAAAAUAAAAGACAGCACCAUGUUGGGGAAGAACAAUGCAUGUGAUAAAGAGAGAUUGCUACAUGUUCCCCUUAACUAUGUACUGUGCUUGUGUGUCACAGUGAGUAGCAGCAUACUAGAGCCAUUUCGGGCAGGAUAAAUGCCGCAGAGCUUACUUUAUAAGAUCUCACCUUAUUAACUUAUCUCUACUUUAUUUGAUUAUGAUCUAGCCCAUUCUCUAAACUGGUUAAUAAGUCCAUGUCCUCCUGACUAAACACUUGAUUAGUGUCAUCACCGGCUAGCUUGUGUGUGUGUGCUGCAUAUGCCUGUGGAUCACUGAAGCAGAUGCACACUGGGGCCAAGUGACAGAGUAAACACAUAGACAGAACACUGCAGAGGAAAAACAACCUGAAUAAAAUGGGCCUGUUUGAUUAUUUCAAGUCUGUCUGCCUUCUGGAUGUGUGGCUGAAGAUAUGGUGUAAAGCUUUUGUGUGGACAACCAAUGCUCAAUACAGAAUAGUGAAAAGGCAAUGUUACAUCAACUACUUCAUUACAGCUGCUGGCAGGUCAAAUCCCGUUAUAAAACUAUCCCAUGAGUGUGAGACAGUUGCUUGUCACAGGCAGCUAGUUAAUCCUAUGCCAGCUGCUAAGCAAAGUUCUGUUACCUUGCCUUGUGAGUGAUUGGUUGUUGCUAUGACAAUCGUGCCAGCAAAGAUACUUCCCAAGCCUCAGGCAUCUUAACCAUCAAGUAUUGACACUACGCAUACAUGUGAAUCCUGCCAAGGACACAAUGCUGUAGCAAGUGAUAGCUGCCCCCACCCCUGGCACACAAGAGAGAGAGAUCACUGUUCUGAACAGGGAAUAGCAAAAUGUAUCAUAGAAAAAAUGCAUGACUAAAAGGCGAUUUAUUGGAAAAUAUGAGUAUAAAUUUGACAAGCUAAGAUUUUCUAGUAAGACCCCAAAAUGAUUUUUAGUCAAAAAAGCUACAAAAGACUCACUUAACACUGUAUAACAGAGUGGCAUGGUAUAUGGAGCUCUUUAAGUAACCACCAACUUUGAUCAUGAAGGAUGGCAGUACAAUUUCCAGUGUGAAUUUUAAAUUCUUAUUUUGUGUUUGUGUAGCAUUAAGCUACACAACUAUAAACUUAUCCAGAUGACCUCUAUCCUCUAUUUCUAUGUUAAGUAAUACUGCAAUCAAAGUUACAUACAGUAACUUUGAUGACAGACACAUGCUUGACAGCAGCUCUUCUCACCAUGCAACUCUGUACUGCAGAAAUAUGCAGCAGCAUACAUAUCCAUGCCCUGCUCUUCUUUCUGUCACACACAGCUCCUUUUCAUACACACAAAAACACACACUUUGGCUGUCUGUGUCUAUGUCUGAUGGAGUGUCAUGAUUAGCAGUGACCUCAAGCUAGACAGGGAUGGGGUAGUGGGAGUGGGGUCAAAGGUGGUAGGAUUACAGUGAAGCAACCCAUGUCAAGUCCUCUACUUCAAUCCUGACCUCCAGGCUGACCUGAGCCUCUUGAAAAAUUAUUCACAUGUAUGAGGUCAACAUACUGUGGGUACAUCAACACAUUACUCACAGAAUAUCUAACUCAUGUGUGUAUUUGAACUAAGAGAGGACUCUUAAAAUGCUUGAAAUGUAACACAUGAAGUGGUGUGGACUUUGACGUAGGGAUACAGUGGAUGAAGGUUGGUCUCACAACCAGACAGCAAGAAAGACAGAACAGCCCUCCUUAUGCCACAUAGCUAAUGGCAGGGAUGAAUAAUAGAGCCUUUAAAGCCCUUACUGCCACCUCAUUCUGGCCUGCACAUAAGCUUGAGCUCUAGGUGGGCAGUUAGCCAUCAAGCCCCUCGCUGAGAUGAGAUGAGCUCCCAAGAAGAUUGGGGAUGGGGGUGAAGAAAAUCGGAUUAACCAAAAUGCCUCAAUUGGAAGAAAUGCUCUGGGCUGACCUCAUUGUAAUACCAUUGAUAAAUGCUGUAAACCAAAUCUUUAGCAUCUGAUUAGAUAAUGGAGGAAAUCACAACCUUUGUCUGUGGGAUGCAGUGGUUCAAAACACACAGAAUGUGAGUUUUUAAAAACAAAAAAACGAGAGACAAUAGGGACUUCUACAAAUAGCCAAGUUUGCUACUAUAGAAACAAAUAAAUGGGGAAAUAAUAAAUUGCCAGGAGCUGUGGACAGGUGGCAUUUCAGUCUGCACCGUUUAGCUGUGCAGUCUGGUUUCUGACAGCUUGAUUUAGUCUCCCACACCUGAGCCAGAAAACAGAGAGAAAAUUAACGGCAAGGAAAACAGCUUAACUAGAUUCCAAUUUGCCUGCUUUGAAACACAAUUGAUGAAGCUAAUGCACAUGGAAAACACAGAAUGCAGUUUUUGGUAGAGUACCAAGCUUACUUUGAUUGUGCGAAGUCUGUGCACACUAAUUCAGGGUCAGACAGGAAGGUAAUAGUACUAAUUUAAUUUACCCCUGUUUUGUUCUAUCCUGCUUCGGGGGGUGGGGGGUAAGGGUUUACCUUUAGGGUGUAGAACUGAGAUUAUAGUGGCUCAAGAGGAGAUAACAUGCUGUUCUCCCUGCUGUGAUUCGGGUGUAAUCCUUCAGUUUUAGAGAAGUGAAAAGUUUGUAAAGUCCAGAAAGUUAUGAAUACAUCCCUUCUGGGCCCCCUACAGAGCAGAGAGUCUGAGACAGCAGGGGAUAACCAUAUGCUAUCAAAGUGUUCUUCAAAGCUCCCAUCUUUAGUCGACUAAAUUAUACAGUAUCAUCACAUAUACCUGACAAAAAUAGAAGAAACGUAAUUAUGCAGCCUAAUGUACUAAUGGGGGAAAAAACAUUACUAGAAAAAAUAUGUAUUUCGGAAGUCUGGCCACUUUGAAAGGUAAAUAAUUUUCUUUUUCACUCGAAUGCGUUUGUUUAAACUGCGUUUGUGCUCCAGUAGUGUGGGUCAGCUCAUCAUUUUGUUUUUACAUGCUUUUAAAAUACUGCUGCUGGUGAACAAUUAAAAAUUUAUGAUUCCUAUCACAAUGAGCUCCUUCACUGUUACCAGAGGUUAAUUUGUGCUCGCCCCUCAUUUCAAUUGUACCGUAGUAAAUGUCCACAUUAUUUCCCACAUGGGCCUGGAUGAGGGGUUUGAUUAUCCAAAGGUAGACCUUGGUUGGCUCUGUUAUUAUCAGAGGGGCCGUAAGCUGCAGUAACAGCUUCUAGGGUCUUAUUGCUAUGGCGAUCAGCCCCUUGCCACUUGGCCUCUGUGACCCUAGUCAGAGAUAAGCUUUAUGGGAAAGCACAUUAACAUGCUCUGGCAGUCACCUCCCUCCUUUAUCAAAGGCAGUUCUGUGAAAUCAAGUGUUUAUGGACCCCCAGUGAGGGUAUAGUGCUGCUGAUUGCCCAUAUUAGAGGUUGACUGUAAAUGAGCUCGAGGUGGACAAAGGACUUGUAGCAGUUGGGAGAAUUGAGGAUACGUAAUAGUGAUGUUAUCCUCACUAAAUGAGCAAUAUCUUUAAUGACUGCAACACCCCAUGAGCAGGUUACUAGCCCCUGGAUUACAAAUGCUGUCUGCAGCCUAAAUAUAUCCAUGUCUUCCAUUCUUUCUACAAAAACUGACAAAACUAUAACAAUAAAAAUGCAAAAUCUGCUUUUGGAUAUGGUGUAACAUAUUUUGUAGUCAUUUAUUCUAUUCGCACUAUACUGUAAGUGGCAGCUUCUUAUUCGACUGUCUUCUCAUUUUUGUUGCACUACAUCCAUUAAAUAAAACAUUUUAAAGGCCUUUUUUCUACAUUUCCAAGCACACUGAUGUGGGCAUUUUUCUAUGGCUAUGAAAGGCACAAUUCGAAAAAGAAUGUGUCAGUGUCGAGUGCCUGCUUAGAGCCUGGUCGCUGAUAUAAGAUCAUCUCAGUAUGUCCGCAAUGAUGGAUGGUGAUAGCCCAGUGUCUUUGUACAAAUCAGGAGGCCCUCCUGUUGUCACUGACUGGACAGAUACAGGAAGCAUGAAAGAGAGAGACGCAGCCACAGCUUAAUGUCCUUCUCUGGUGCUGUGCAUGCUCUUUCCUAUUUGCUUUUCCCUUCACGGCACGGUUAACAUCGUAAAUUAACCUUUCCAAGCCCCCUGUGCUCAGAGACUAGUGCGCAAUACAGACAAAGGGAAAACUAGAUCUCUGUUAUGCAAUGCGGUAGCACUGGUCAGAGACAAAGCCUGUUACAGAACUGAGCUAUUCCUUUUGCAGUGAAGGGGAAUAAAACAACACACCUUGUUUAGUCGAGCAAACAUUCUCUUUUAUGUGCAUGUCCCAUGUACUCAAAUCGGUAUGAGGCUGCUUUUUGUUCUCCAUCCUAGAAAUGUAAAUGAAACACAUGAAAGAAAAUGUAUUGUAGUCUUUUCUUCCUAGUUCAAGUCUGUAAAUAGGAUGUAAAUACCAAACAGCUAUGCAUGCUAAUAUACAAGCAAUUUGUUCAGGUACUUUUGUAAUCCCAACUUCUCAUAUGGCAUGUAGUGACGACAAGAAGCAAACUCUGAAAAUCAUAAGAAAUUGUAAACACGGAUAUGGUUUGUAAACAACUUCAAAACUGAAAAGUAUAUGUCUUUGCUGUUAAUGUUUUCUUACUGAUAACUAAUGCAUUGGCCUGCCAUUUACUACACUGCUCUGCUCAUGUUACUUUUUAUCUUUUUUAUGUUUCGUAAGGUAGGGCUGAGGCAAAAAAAAAAAAAAAAUCACUGGUUUGCGGUCUAGUUGGGAUGGGGACUAAGAAGCUGAGGGGAAAGCAGUCAGAUCAUGUUUGUAGGUCUUUUGCUUUUUUGUUGAUUUGUUUUUCUUUUCUUUUUUUGAGUUUCUUUUUUCCAUUGCCACUGCAUGUUUACAUGCAUACGCUUAAUAAUUAAUGACAUAUCCUGAAUGUCUUCCACAACAAAUCAAGUGUUGUGGCAAAACUACUUAAAAGUAGUGAAACUGCGGUGCAAUUUUAGUUAUUUCACCAAAAAAGUCUUAUCACCAGCUUUAGAGUGUGCUCUUUAAAAAAAGGCAUUAAUCUGUUUUCUAUAAAAGAAAUAACAAUUCUGUAAAUGUCUGUAAAUUCCGAUUAACAACAAACUACAAAGCUGGUACAACAGGCAAUUUUGACUCCAAAUUGUCCAACUCAUGACAUGCAAGGGAAAGAGUUUUUGAUAUUUUUUUUCUAAUAUUAAAAGAAUAAUAAUGUCCAAUGAAAAAUGAUAAUCUAUAUUUCAAAUUUGCCUCUGCCCUAGCAACUCUAAUGUGACAUUUUAUGAAAACAGAAAUAGGGAGGAGUGAAAAUAAAAAAUUGUUUUUGUUUCUAGAGGAUUUAUUUUCAACCAUGUUAGAACCAUGUUAAAUCCCAAGGCGCUCAUAGUAGAUGGAAGUGUCUAAUUUUUAACCUGUGCUAAAGAUAUUUUGAAUUUAAUAAAUAAUUAUUGUAAAGAGAAAACAUGUCUGUCUUCUGAAGUCUCUCUUGAAUCCUUCUGCGUACGAGUGAUAAAGUAAAACUAAACAGUGAAGGGAAACUAAACACAAUUACUGAGUUUAGUUAUAAAACGCAUUAAUCCGGUGUUGUGUCCUGAUAAACGCUAGCCCUGGUCUGUAAGGGAGCCUAACUGCUUGAUUUUUCCUCUUUUUUAUAUCUUUGGUGGAGUACAAGGAAAGCAAUUGACACAAUGACCUUUGACCCCUGGCGCCCAGUUAUAUAAGACGGAGUGGAGACCUCUCACUUCACCUUGGCUUUGGUGAACCAGACUGUCUAUUAUAUGCCACUUUAAUAUCGCAGAGAUUCCCAUAAUAUUUGUGCGUUCUGUGGCAUCUGUUUAAUUAUCAUCGUUCUAAGAUUACUCCUCGCCUGAAACUAAAGGAAUGGCUAAUACUUUUGUGAAGGUUAUCAGACUCAGUCUUCAAUUAAUUAAAAGUCUCUUGCACAGAGCAAGGGAAGUUUGUGCUUUGUAUGUUUCAACAAAUUGUUUACAAGAGGACACAUUCAAUUAGUUAUUUCAUUAUCGCCCUAGGUGUAAUCAAUUGACAAUGCCAAUAACAAAGCCAAAUCAAUUUGUGAGCUGACUUCAGCAAAUUUCUGUAAAUGACUGAAGAGCACUUCUAGGUUCGUGUUUUUCUGCACCGUUUACACAGAAACCCCAAUCACAGGCCAUGCUACCGUACAGGCCAUGAGAAUAUUUGCAGAUUUGAGUGUUUCAAAGAUGUUUGAUACGGUGGCUUCGGUCAGGAAUUCCACAUGUACACACUGUCUUCUGCAGGGAGCAAGGUUCUGUAUUUUUCUUUGCUCCUCUUUUCCCCUCGAGUGAUAUAUGGCAAAGAAAGAAAGAAGCACUCGCUUUCCCUCUGUCAUUCCUUUCUCUCCCCUCCUGUAGCAUAGAUAAACAAUGCGAGUGACAGUCUCUCAUCACUCAAGAGGCUGAAUCUCUGGCCCUGACCCGAUAACAUCAAGUGUGUGUGUCACCUGUCAAGUGGCUUCUGUCACACUUCAGUGGGAACUCAAAAACAAGACUCUGUGCAUGUGUGUGUGUGUGUGUGUGUGUGUGUGUGUGUGUGUGUGUGUGUGUGAAGUCGAUUGGGGGAUGGUGUUGUGGGUUUAAGAGUGCCUGUUGGCAUGCAAGCGCAGGCCUCUUUAGGCAUGAGUGGAGUUGAGAGUGGCGAAGGGGGGGGUUGGUGCUUCUGAAGGUAUGCCAGGAAACUGAGAAAGAAGGAGGGGGAGGCGUAACGACCCAAAUGAGAAGGACUUGUGCAGACACUGUGAAACUAUCUCAUUUUGUAGGCUCCGCUAGUCUCAUUCUCAUGUUCAGAAUGGACAGGGUGAUCUGGGAACGCAAUUAUUUUCACCUAUAAAAGGCAACAUAUGCCAAGAUCAUAAAAGAUCUUAUUGGACAGUAAUUUAUUAAAGCAAGUCAUAGAAAUGGAGAGAGGUAGGGCACUAGCUAUAAUACGAAGGUGUCGUUCUGCUUCUCAUUAGGGGCCAGUGUCAGUGAAAUUCAAUACUCCAGGUGGCUGACAACAGAGGGAUAGAAGAGCUAAACAGAAAGAUGCCCUCUCUUUAUAAGAUCCUGGGGAAAAGGGAACAUUUACUGCAGCUAUAUUGUAUUGAAAUUCCAUUCUUGAUUUGUUUUCUGUGUUUCACUGGAAACUUCCAUAGUUGAAUAUGUGUACUUAAGUGCAUCUUAUUUCAUGGGCACCUCUACUGCAGGACAGGCAUCCUUACUAAGAUUUCUUUUUCCGUUUUAUUGGAUAAACACGCGUUUUCUUUUUCCAAAGGUACGAAUGCACUGUAGAGCUUUGAGGCUAACAAUGAUCAUCAUCCUCAUUGCAACAAACAGCUGCUACUAAGCAGAACUGGCAUCCUCUUAAAUGGAUGAGUGAUCUGAGACAGCGUGUUUGUUCCUAUAUUUCGAACGUUUAAAUCACUGUUGAGCCCUGAAUGAGCAAUAAUAAACUAUCAUUGUGAUCCUCACAAUACUGAAUGAUGUGGAUUAGCCAGUGGGGAGCAGAUUGUAUUGAGGAACUUAUCAGCAUCUUCUCAUUAUCUAAUACACGAAGUGAAGGGGGAGAUGAUUAUGCUAUGGCACAUUUAAACCAGAACAAUAGAAGCGUGUGUACCUCUGUUCAUUUGUUGCACAAAAUGAACAAGGCAGAUAUAUGCUAUUGUCUGAGGUUAUUGUAAUGUUAAAAUACAGUUUUUUUGUUAAUGUAAAUGAUUGUAAAUGACUCUUCUUUCAGACAAGAGCAGGUUUUUGUAUUCUUCACUGAGAUAAAUACCAUCACAAAUGAGGCGCGACAAAACAAAAGCAGAAUACAGAGAGAAACGGGCAAU